UUUCUUUUUUUUGCUUUUUUAUUCAUGAAAAAUGAAAAACUGUUCAUUUAUGUUUAUCAUAAUAACACUAGCAGUGGCAUAAAUAAAAAUCAGUGUCUUAUUUUUUUAAAGGGUGAAGGAAGACUUUGAUGUUGACGGUUUAGUCAACAUUCUUGGGAACAGAGUCAAUUGAAUGGCUCUUUCAUUUGAAAUCUAUAGAAAAUCUGGCAUAUUCUAGCUAAUCAUCUUAAAAUUAAUAAAGAAAAAUCCACAAUCCCAUUUAUUAUGGAUCAGUCAGGAAAUGUCACUCAUGACCCGAUCAAAAUGAAUAACACCUCUAAAGGUUUUUAUAAGAACGUGUGCACAUCACAGAUCAAUCCAUCAGAGCAGAGCAUCAAUUCAUCCCUUAAUAACGUAAAUCUUCCAAGAUUAAAUGAGGAUCAAAUCACAGACUUAGACUCGCUGCUCUCAUUGUAUGACAUGUUAAAAAAAAAGACUUUUAAUUUUUUGAAUUUUUCAUUUAUUUAUUUUUUAUUUUUUAUUCUAAUUUUAUUCAUUCAUUUUCUCAUUUUAGUCUAAGGCAACUGCUAGACUUUUACUUUGAAAGGAAGGGUUCCGCUCCGGAACCUGUGACGCCAUCAAGGUGUUUUCCAGGUGUAGCGCUCCCUGUUCGCUCAUUUUUCUGUGGGCGGCCUGGAUGACUGGACUGGCACAAGUUUAAACUCGCGUCGUUCGAGGAACAGCCGGAUUCCUGGGAAAAGGAGAAGUUGGGAUCCUCCGUUCGGCUCCUGAGGAGGAACCUGCGUUUGGGAGCAGAUCCAGGAGAACCUCACGAUGCUGCUCCGAACCUUCACGGCAGCGCUGCUGAUCAGCUGGGGACUGUCACGGGCUGCUCCGUGUCCAGAGAAUGUGAUGGUGAGCUGUGAAAAUCUGAAAAUUAUGGCCCGAUGGGAUUGUAAAGAACGACAUCCUGAAACCAGCUUUAGAGUAAAGAUGUUAUCGUACAACAAAGUGUUACAUGAGGAUAUUACCAAAGACAGCGAGUACGAUCUGAGCCACGUCGUUUGGAAAUCCAAAGACAUCUGCUUGAGCUUCCUCUAUGUUGCCGUAACAGCUUUACAUGGUGGGAACGAGUCAGAAGAAGCCAAAUCAAACACCUUCUCCUUCAGCACACCGAAGACCGUGCUUACACUCUGUCUGUUAGAGUUCCCUCCUGUUUCUCUGGUCGUGGAGAAGAAGAGAGCUGUGGUGAAGUUCCCUAAUCCAUUCCGAUUCUACAAAGAAAUCAGUCGGGUGUACCACAAGUCAAAUUUUAAUCUGACAUUCAGAGUGAACUUUGGGGAAAAAGUGGACAGAGAUGCAUUGUGCAUUAAGACUGAGCCCACCUGCACAGCUGAGGGGAUGUUCCCCAAAGGCGAGGAGAACUGUGUCACGCUGAGAGGAUUGUUGGUGGAUGAAAAUAGGAUUGACUCAAUACAGAUGAACCAGACUCAGAAGAUCUGCAGCCCUGAAAUACAAGACGAGGGUUUCAUACUUCUCAUCGCUCUGCUGUUCGUCUUCGGCGUUAUAUUGAGCGUGGCAAUAAUCGCCAUCUGCAAGGUGAGGGCUUGGACCACGAAGAGCCCACCUCUGCCGAAGCCUCUGGAUUUUAAGAAGAACUUGAGCUACAAAGACAACUUCGACGGGGAGAUCAGUGCAGUCUCGAUUUACAAGUCUCCAGAGAAAGUCAUCGAUGAAGACGUAUGUAGGGUCCCCCUACAGCACAAGGAGUCCAAGGAUCCAAGUUCAGUUUCAGGGAACAACCUGAUUGACGGUAACUCCUCUGUUAGCUCCACGAAGACCGAAACUCUUUCCAUGAGCUUAGAAGACUACAACGACGAUGAUGAGGAGGAGGAGUACAGAUCCCCAUAUGAGUCCCGAGAACCUGUUCUCUGUCAGGACAUGGGGGAUGGAGACAUAGUAAUCACUUACACUGGGACAUGAAGGUCCCAGCUUUCCACAGAACUCUUUCUGGGAUUAAGUGACUUUAUUUCCACGAGUCAUCCAUCAAACCGGACUUUUAAACAAUGAGCAUUAUCUCGCCGAGUUUGAGUUAUAAAGAGACGCUGACUCAUAACUCAGGGAUAUCAUGGAGGACCACUUAUGAUUUUUUUAUUUUUUUUUAAUGUGAAAUUUGCUCCAAAAAAGUCAUUUUUGGAAGUUUUGACAGGAUUGUGACUCACAAAAACAAGCAGGUGAUUUCUCCAUCACCUUCACGCCGCGGUGUGGGCGGAUCUUCUUGUCAGGAGGUCUUAUUCAUCUGGGUUAUAUGUCCUGCAGCUAUUUUCUGAACACGCUGAGCCAAGAACAGCCUCUCUGACAUCACGGAGACUCACCUCAGGAAAGCAGAAGAACGUCAUGGAAGGUGCUAGUUUUCCUGCUCUCACCAACCGAAGUCCUUUUUGUUCCGUUCUCGUUUAUACUUUUUGUCAAUGAUUGUAAUGGACUGUAAGUGGAUUUUUUUGUUGUUGUUUGAGGACUCACCCCCUCCAUCUUUAUGGCCCUAACUUUCACAAUUCUCCUAACUUUAGACCUGUCAGUUUAAAGUUUCUGCCUCUCAUUAGUUGACGGGCGUGAACCUAGAUUCUCAUCUCCAAACAAUGACAGUAAGAGAGUCAAGAAACUUCAAAACCUGCCAAACCAGCUCUGCAUGUGAAGUCCCCAUCUGCCUCAGCACACUUUGUUUGUUACAUGAGGGUUUUAUGUUGAAGCUUUUGAUAGUCUUUAUUUUUUUUUAAAGUAGGUUUCUUUUAAUUCUGCUCAGAAAUGCAGAUUUAAGACACAUUUAAGACUUUGACUCCAUCAUGGUUUUCAGAGAAAACUGCUGUUCGUUCUGUUCAGAAUGAAGGUGUGUCAACAUUUUUUAAGGCCAAUAAGCUGAAGGUAUGUGAUCAUUGCAGGGAAAAAGUAUAGUACAGUGUCAUUUAUGUAAAACUGUAUUAUUUUCAAUAAAGAAACAAGAAAAAAAGUGA